AUGGCAGUCAAAAUCGAAGAUGCUCUUCUUAAUAUAUUAAAAAAUCAUUCGAGCAAUAAGGAAGCAUUCAAUGAUAUUGAAUUUAAAUUGGUACCACCUCCACAAACACCUUUAACAAUUAACGAUUAUUUAGUUAAUAAACGACCAUCACUUCGUCUUCGAUCCUUACCAGACAACAAAAGUGACGAUAAUAAUAAUAAUGAACCAAUAAAAACGCCAAGUCAAGAUGCUCAAGGUUGUUGGUAUGAAUUACUUUCACCAACACAAGUUUUGACUGGAGAACAAAACUUGAACAACGAUAAGAAACAACAAAAGACGAAGAAGAAGAAGUGUUGUGGUAAUCAAAAAUCACAAUGUUUAAGACGAAGACAACGUCGUCAACAACAAAAAAUGAAUCAUAAUACAAAUCAUCUGGAUCAAAGUAUAUUUAAACAAAUGUUAUCAAAUGCAAUUGAAAAUGGUGCUAAACUUGUUAAAUGUUUAGAUACAAAUGAAAAACUUCAAUUUGUUCGUCAAAUGACUGAAGUAACCAAUAAUUUACAAUAUAUACAUUUAUAA